CCUUGUCGGGAACCUGAUUAGAUUGAGCACGAACGCGAAGGAAGCGGGGAGUAGCUCACCGUGGAGACCGUUCGUACCGAACACAACCGCGCGAGAGCAUUGGCGUCGAUCGUGGGUCCCGGCAGCCGCCCGGAGAAAAGGCUCGAUGACGAAGCCGUCAUCUCGAGAUGAUGGUGUGUGGGCCUAUAUGUCAGUUUUUGCAUGCAAGGAGGAGUGAUAUUCAUUCACGUUUAACCCUGGACUCGGAGCACGACAUCCCUUUUUUGACAAUCGUCGGAAUAAUGUGUAAUUUGAGAAUUGUCCUGGUCUCGUCCACAUCCUGCGUAUGCACUGCAAGCCCAGACAGUGUCGAACUGCAUCGACAGCUCGUCACGAGGCUCGCUUGGAAGAAAGGCACUGGGGCCAGCAGGCUGGGUUGGAAAAAGAAAAUCCAUCGUGGCUGGCUGGUCAGAGCUCCCCACUUUCCUUUUCACUGGACCAUAAUAGGUCAGACAAGCACAGGCAGGCCAGCCGAGAUGAUUUCGGAAGUACGGAGUAUCCCAGUUGUAAAUGUGCUUCCUUGGUCUGGUAAACCGGUUGAGCCACGGACACAUUUCUCGUUACCAUGUCUGACCGCCAAUGACUUUGGGAGAAUGGCCAUAAUCUCCCCAUGGCGUCUGAUGGUCGUUUUGAUGAUAUCUCGCCCGCGAUAACUGGUCGACAACCUGCAUUGCGGGUAAAGGCUCGAUCACGGAGUCAUUUCGUAGUCCUGUUCACCCUUCAGCGCCUCGUCCACAUAUUAGAGAUAAAUUCAGAGACUCAUCAAUUGUUGCCUUGGCUGUUCUUUGUUGUCGAAUGCAUAGCAGCCACGUAUUGAGUAUCCUGGCUAUCUCCCGGCCGAAGUAGGCGCAGGCGAUUUCAGCUUAGGAUGCAGUGGAUCAAUGACACCUUGCUUGUAUGAAACCACGGCGUUUUCCGAAAGGCGUCGGAAGAGGAUCCGUGCACCUGUCAAGGGUGGCUUCGGGGGCAAGCUGCUGAAGGUUGUAGUCCCUGGUCAAGCUGCCAGCUCUCAGGAGUCAGGAAA